AUGAUUAUGGGGACAUGUGAGGUUUAUCGUUCUUUCCCUUCGGAAUCUAAGGACAAUGACCAAAAAGUCAACAAUUUUCCUAUUAGAGAAUCGAGCGUUUUGCAUGUAGUUAUUUCAGAAUCAGAACUAACAGAAUUACCAUUAUCAACUUAUGUUUGCGAGUUAUGCGGAAUCAAAGUGAAAACAAAAGCUAACUUACGGGCUCAUCAGAUUAAAACUCAUAAGAUCAUGAAGAAUGCAAAAGACGUAGCAUUUUAUUCCAAGCAAAGGUAUAAUGUUAGUUAUAUCUAUCAUUGCCCUGUGGCUACAUGUAAACAUAAUAUUGGUUUAGGCGGUGGAUUCAGCACUUACUGGAGAUUAAAACAGCAUUACCAGCAUGUUCAUAUGCAGAAAAGUUACCAGUGUAACAAAUGUAAACAUUUCUUCCCUACUCCCUCAUAUCAUGCCUAUCAUCAAAAACUAUGUGGAGCAACGUAUUCUUGUUCACUUUGUUUCAGGUCUUAUUCAAGUAAAAAGCACUUACUUCAGCAUUACCGAAGAAGUGGGCACAGUAACACUUUAUCUCUUAAUUCUAUUCCUAAAGUCGAAAAUACUCCAAACAGAUCGCCUUCGAAGAAUACAUCAAUUCCAAGCUCGUAUGUUGCACGUAAUCCUAUCCCUCCUAGCGGAUCAUGUGGCCCAUUAGUUCUCCCACUUCUUAUUUUACCAGUUACUGUACCUAACGUAAGUGAUGUGAAUGUAGAAAAUCUGAACAGCAAUGUUUUGGGGUGUUUGAAUAUGAACUUUUUAUAUACAAGUGCUCUUUCGGCUCUUCGUACACUUUCAACACAAAUCUUUCCGAAUCCAAAUGUCCAGGUUAAUCUCUCUGAAUCUGCAAUAAAUUCGAGCGAUACGUCAGUGGUUUUAAAACCCGAUUUAGGAAAUUUCUGCAAUCUUUACGCAGUCCCUGUAAACAAUUCUUCUUUGGAGGCCUCAACACAAACUGAACAGUUAUAUACACCGAUCACUGUAUCACAACCAUGCUCUCAUACACUCCAGACACACGAACUUGUGUCUGUGAACACAUGCACCGAUGAGGAUGACAUCAGUUCAUUCAUUGGUGGUCUCUUCUGUAAUGCUGCAGUAGAAGCCAAUCUUCCUCACUCAAGUACAGUAUAUGAUAACUGCGAAGUUAGACAAGAACGAAAGUUGUCUUACGAGACCAAACAGGUCACAUUGGGUCCCCUCAACGAACACCACCCUUGUUCAUCACUAAAGCCAACCAAAAACUCGGUUCAGUCGAGCGACUACAUCUCUCUUACUGGGUGCUCAAAUAAUGGUGUGGAUCAAGAAAUUCAAGCAAGGUUGCUACCACUACGUGAAAACGCUGCUAUGCAGACCGAUGUUAUGGAAAAUUUAAAUGCUGAAAUUGCUACUCAUUAUCCUCACUCCGAUCACAGUACUUACUUUACUCCAAGCAGAAUGCUUGAAACACCACCUCCUCCUAUGUUACAAAGUACUGUUUCACUUGGAACUCAUUUAAGUACUGCAUGCCAAACUUUACAUCGUUUGCUGAAUGAAGCGAAAAUUUCAGACAACCAAUCUCCUCUUAUGGAGAUAUUAAACAUGGAUACAACAACAGAUUCCGGUACUCGGGCUUGUGUUAAUGUAAUAAAUUAUUCUGGUUAUGAUUUACCUGGUUCGACGGAUCCAAUGUUACAAUGCUCAUCUACAUCAUCUAUCAAAAAUUCUGUACAAACUAAUACUGUACCCACUUCCUGUGAUAAUUCACAGUAUUGCAAUUUGAACACCGUGGAAACAACAACGCAGCAUGAUUGGUCAGCUAAUGUAGAUUUCACUCACAAUCAAACUCAAACAAUUGAUGAAGAUAUAGAAUUGUGGUUGAACAGUGUUGAAACACAAACAAAUCUAGCGUUAUUUGAUCCCAGCUUCUUUUCAGAUAUAUGUGUUGGAGUGGACGAUGAUUUUUUCCAGUCCUAGUUCAUCCUACAAAAAUAGUUUGUUUUAUUCAAGACUCUUG